UUAGACACCAACCCAAAGACAGACUACCAACGAAUUUUCUUGCGCGUUUUUUUAUUCUCUUCUCCUCUGUUUGGUUGCUGAGAAAAAAAAAAAAAAAAUGCAGGAAACUAAGGACCCUGCUAUUAGGCUGUUCGGAAGAAAAAUACCUCUGCCGGCCGACGGUGAUUCUGCUUUAGUCUUCGGCGGUGAAGACUGGGCCUUUAAGUCUUCGGAGAAAGAAAUGGAUGAAGAAGAAUCAGAAGCAGAGAAGGAUUCAAAACCAGAAAAUUCCUCUGAGAACACAGAAGAAGAAGAUGAUCCACCGCCUCCACCAAAAAAACCUGAUGAUGAUUCAAGAAACCUGCGGGAAAUAACAUUAUCAGAGUCUAAUGUGAAUCCAAAGACUCCCUCCAUAAACGAAGAAACUGCGAAAUCAUCAUCAAAAACCACCACCACCACCAACAACAACACUGAGAAAGAACAGAGCGAUGGAACCAACAAUUCAGAAGAUCAGAAAAACACACUCAAGAAGCCUGAUAAGAUCCUUCCAUGUCCUAGGUGUAGUAGUAUGGAUACCAAAUUUUGCUACUACAACAACUACAACAUCAACCAGCCUCGCCAUUUUUGCAAAGCCUGUCAAAGAUAUUGGACGGCUGGGGGUACCAUGAGGAAUGUACCGGUUGGAGCUGGUCGCCGGAAGAACAAGAACUCUGCUACGCGCUACCGGCACAUAACCAUCUCCGAGGCUCUUCAAGCGGCUCGAAUUGAUGCACCGAAUGGAACACACCAUCCGGCUAUCAAAACCAAUGGUAGAGUCCUCAGCUUUGGAUUGGAUACACCAAUUUGUGAUUCUAUGGCCUCUGUUUUAAACCUUGCAGAUAGAAAGGUCCUGAAUGGGACUCGAAAAAAUGAAGUAGUUGUAGUAGGAGGAGGUGGAGGAGGAGGAGGGUUUGCUAAUAAAGGGAGUGAAAACGGUGAUGAUUGUUCAAGUGCAUCUUCUGUGACAGUUUCAAUGGAUGAAGUAGGCAGGAAUUGCCAUCAAGAACCACCACAACACUUGCAGCAGCCUAAUAUCAAUGGUUUCUCAUCUCAAAUCCCGUGCCUACCCGGUGUUCCUUGGCCUUAUCCAUGGAACUCAGCGGUUCCUCCACCACCAGCUUUUUGCCCACCAGGAUUUCCAAUGUCUUUCUAUCCAGCAGCAGCUUAUUGGAAUUGUCCUGUUCCAGGGACUUGGAAUUUCCCUUGGUUUUCUUCUCCACAACCUUCAUCUCCGAGCCAAAAGUCCCCGAGCUCUGGUUCGAAUUCUCCAACAUUGGGGAAGCAUUCUAGAGAUGGAGGAGAUGCUGUGAAACCAGACAGCAAUUUGGAGCAAGAAGAGCCACCGAAACAGAAGAAUGGAUCGUCAGUUUUGGUCCCGAAAACGUUGCGGAUCGACGACCCGAGUGAAGCUGCUAAGAGCUCAAUUUGGGCAACACUUGGUAUUAAGAAUGAUUCUAUUAGUGGUGGAGGAUUGUUCAAGGCUUUCCAAUCAAAGGGUGAUGAGAAAAGCAAUAUUGCUGAAACCUCUUCAAUUUUGCUAGCUAACCCUGCAGCCUUGUCUAGGUCUCUCAACUUCCAUGAGAGUUCUUAAAAUGGUGUCUCGGAUUCAACUUCAUUUGGGUUGACCGGUGAAUUUGACCGGAAGAAAGGUCGAAAACUGAAGUAUGAUAAGUCUCUCUAGGUUCCUCAGAAUGAUGCGGGAACUAAUCUUUAGCUAGGAUAAAGCUUUAGUGAGAGCUAAUUUUGUUUUUUUUUUUUCUUUUUUUGUAACAAUAUGCACAGGUGCGUUGAGAUACAAUUAGUUGAGUUUGUUUUCAUGUAAAUAUCUUUUUAAAUGUGAAAUGCUGUGAGACUUUGAGAACCUUUAGGUGUAAAAUAGAAGAAGAAGAAGCAUGAGAAGAAGAAAAAAUAUGUCCUCCUUUAUUAGGCUUAAA